AAACAAAUGUAUAUUGAGCUGUACUGAUUUGUUUCAAACAAAAAAUUAUAAUAAAAAAAAUAUGAACAGAUUUUUACUUGUGUAUUUUAAAUCAGACGUAUGAUUUAAGCGUGAUAGAAAGAGAUUAUACAUUACAAAAAGAAGACAACAUCAUAAGUUUGUGGAAAGUUUAUAUUAAUUAAUUGUUCAUCCUCAGUGCAAAAAAAUCCUCAAGAUAUGAAAUCAUUUGCUGUAAUUUUAAUAGUUUUAAUGUCGCUUCUAGUGAAAAUGUCGAAUGGACAUAUGUGCUAUGAAUGCAAUUCAUUUAAUGACACAAAUUGUUUUGAUUUAUCGCCGCAAUCGAAUGUGUUUGUGGGAGUGCGAUGCGAGUCAACGGAAAGAGUUCACAAAACAUGCUAUUCAGCCCACAUUUCUGAGCACAAGAAGCGGAAAAUGAUUCGAGGAUGUAAGAAUGUGGGAAUUUGUGAUGAACUCGAGAAGAGAGAGCAAUCAGACAUUUUCUUUAAAGUGCUGGCAUGUGGAGAAUGCACAGAACAUUAUUGCAAUAAAUCAUCACAUCUCUCGGCAAUAUCAAUCAUUACAAUUUUGCUACUAUCUUGUUGUGUACAUUUCUUGAGCAUUAUAUAGAUGAAAUACAUGUUAUAAUAUAUACAAC